AUGCGUCCCGCCCUCUCCCUCCUCGCGGCCGCACUCGCACCCGUGGCCGCUGCGCAACUCUACACCCUCGCGGACGCGUAUGUUGGCACCGAGUUCCUCAGCACCUGGACAUGGCAAACCAUCGCCGACCCCACCAACGGCGACGUCAACUAUGUUGACCUCGGAACCGCCGUUUCCCAGAACCUCACCUACGCGACGCUGGACAAGUUCGUCUUGCGCGCAGACAGCACCAACGUCGUCGCGAACGGCGCCCUCGGUCGCAACAGCAAUCGCAUCCUCUCCAACAAGGCGUACUCCGACUCCGUCGCCGUGCUCGACCUCCAGCACAUGCCCCAGGGAUGCGCAACCUGGCCCGCCUUCUGGUCGCUCAGCCAGACUGGGCCCUGGCCCGACGGCGGCGAGAUCGACAUUAUCGAAGGCGUGAACCUCCAAUCUGGGAACCUCAUGUCUCUGCACACCUCGCCGGGCUGCACCAUGCCGGCGACGCGCACCAUGUCCGGCUCCGUCACCUCCACGAUCUGCGACGCGGACUACAACUCGAACCAGGGCUGCGGCGUCUCCGGCGCGCCGCUCUCGUACGGCGCCGACUUCAACGGCGCGGGCGGCGGCUGGUUCGCCGUCGAGCGCGGGAACGCGACCGGCAUCCGCGCGUGGUUCUGGAGCAGGGAGGACGUGGCAAGCGUGCCCCUCGCCGUGCGCUAUCCGCUCGUCGCUGCGGUCGCGGGUGUGAGCCCGGACGCGAGCUGGGGCGAGCCGUAUGCGGUGUUCCCCAUGAGCGCAGAGUGCGGUUAUGAGGAGCACUUCAAUGCGCACCAGUUCGUGUUUGAUUUGACGUUCUGCGGCGACUGGGCAGGGAGCGCCUACCCUACAAGUAGCUGUCCUGGGUCGUGUACCGACUUGGUCAACAACAACCCUGAAGCAUUCACAGAGGCCUACUGGGAAGUCAACGGCCUCUGGAUCUACACACCUUUCGGCCAGCCAGCCUCGCCGAAUCCUCCCCCUCCUUCGUGA